AUGGAGGCGAAAUUCCUGAUGGAAGAAAAGCUCAAAGAAUUGUCGUCUGAUGACGAUAAGACUCAGCAUCCCGUGUCGGAUGGCCAAUCUUCGGAUGAAGAUGAUGCUGAGGCUCGUUCCUCAAGUGAUAAUUACAAAGCAGCAUUGAAGAUGCUAAAAGAAAGGUAUGACAAUAAGAGAGAAAUUAUUAUGAGUCAUAUCGACAUCCUGACUGAUAUGAAGGAAGUUGGCCAAAACAGUGCCACGGACAUUAUAACUCUUCAUGAUCAAAUUAACGAGGCCCUUGAGGGACUAAUAAGAGAUCAAGGAUGUUGUACUGAAAAUUGGGAUCCUUUAAUUAUUGGAUUCGCAAUAAAAAAACUGGAUGCAGAUGCUCUUAGAUACCUUGAGGAAUUGCUUCCCGAUCCAACUGAAAUGCCCACACUCGCACAAUUUAUGACUUUCCUACGCAAGAGGCACAGAGUGCUCAAAGCAAACGAUAAAGAGGAUUCAGGUGAUCCUGAAAGCAAGAAAAAAGGUACGAAGAAAGAAACCGUUAAAAAGUCACUUCAUCUCACCAGCAAGAUGGCUUGUUUUCUGUGCAAAGAAGCUCAUGGAAUAACAAACUGUCCGAAAUUCCAAGAGCUGACAUCUUACAACAAACGUCAAACAGCUUUUAAGCUUGAUCUUUACCUUAGUUGCUUGUCACAUAAAAAGGACAAGGAAUGUAAGAGCAAAAGGAAUUGUCAGCAUUGUGAUCAAAAGCAUCACACCUUGCUACAUUAUGAGAAAAAAUCUCAAGCUAAAGAAACUAAACCUAAGAAAACUGAUGCAUUAGUUCUAUCUACGGAUAAUCAGGAAGAACAGAAGGAUUCUGAAGAGUUUGAGGAUUCUGAGCAUGUCUCCCUGCAUACAAGCUCAACUUCGCCAUUAUUUCCUACAAUUCUCAUGAAAGCGAGAGCAAAUGGAGGAGAUUGGCAUUAUCUUCCUGCGCUGCUUGAUACAGGAUCUGGGGAUUCCUUCAUAUCAGAACGAGCAGCCCAAGAACUUUCGUUGCCACGCGAGAGAAUUAAUGCACCCAUUCGAGGAAUAGGUGGAAGUGCAGCUGCUGUCUCGAAACAUCAGGUUCAGAUCAUUCUAGCGCCGAGAUUUCCAUCAACUUAUAAACUUGAGGUUGGAGCACUUGUACUAUCCUCGCUCACAGGACUAUUACCACAACAACCUAUCAAAACUGAUUCAUACAAAGGAUUGAAGGUUGAUAACAUUCUGAUGGCAGAUCCAACAUUCAUGACACCAGGACCCAUAGACAUGAUCCUUGGUGCACAGAUUUAUGCAUCAAUUUUGAAGAAUGGGAUAAAAAGAUCAAACACUACUAGCGCACAGAACACAGAGUUUGGAUGGAACUUAACAGGAUCUCAUAGUCAAAAGAAACUUCCAGAAAGUAAAAUAAUUAGCAUGAUUUCGAUGGCUGAAAUUGAUCGAAAAUUACAGCUUUUCUGGGAAAUGGAUCAACACACAGAGCUACAUAGGGUGCUACAUCGUGUUGAAAAGGAGUUUGCAGAAACACAUUCAAGAACCGAAGAUGGACGAUAUGUAGUCCAAUUGCCAUUUAAAGGUUCGGAACUAGGAGAUUCAAAAAAGCAAGCAAUGGCUCACUUUAUUAAUAUGGAAAAGAAAUUCGCCACAAACGAGCAACUAAGAAAUGAUUACUCUGAAUUUAUUCAUGAGUAUAUUUCUUUGGGGCAUAUGUCGCUUGCACCUCCUGAUGGUGGAAAAUAUUAUUUGCCACAUCACGCGGUUUUUAAGAAAGAAAGUUCCACGACCAAGACGCGUGUUGCCUUUGAUGCGUCUUGUAAGACAUCAACAGGAAAAAGCUUGAAUUCAGUGUUGCAUGCUGGUCCAAAGCUGCAACAAAAUUUAAAUCAGAUUAUCAUACGUUGGUGUAAAUACAAGUACGUAUACACUGCUGACAUCGAGAAGAUGUUCAGGCAGAUAAUCGUAGCAGAAGAACACAGAGAUUACUUAAGAAUUCUGUGGAGAGACAGCCCUGAGCAACCAAUUCGUGAGUACAGGUUAAAUACGGUGACGUAUGGAACUGCACCGGCCACGUACUUGUCGGUGAAGGUUCUGAUGCAGUUGGCUGAAGACGAAGGAGCGCAAUUCCCUGCUGCUGUCGCCGCCAUAAAAGAGUUUUACGUCGAUGACGUAAUGACAGGGGCAGACACAGUGGAGGGUGCUCUUUAA